CUCGAAUAUGUGAAGUACAGCUUUUAGUUCCUGUAUCUGUAUUUCUAGACGGGGGCGUUUGUCGGCAACACACACGGGGAACCUGUGUGCGAUUGAGAUGGCGGUCGGAACAGCGAGCACAAGGAACGAAUAAAUAUUACCCCGUCUAAACAUAAACUGUGGAAUUUAUAGCGCCUUCGCAUUUACCCUAAACUGUAACCCGCAAAGUAGCAUAGCGCUAUGGAGAAACCGACAGUCGCACUUGUGUAUCAAGCUGUGCAGGCUCUUUAUCAUGAUCCGGACCCCGCCGGUAAAGAGCGAGCCUCGGUGUGGCUGGGGGAGCUACAGAGAUCGGUAAGUGAACUCGAGAGAUGGUGGGGACUUGGAAUGGGCCUAGAACUAGACAUGGCUAGGCAGGUCGUGUGAGGCCGUAAACAAAACAUUGCAUCAGAAUGCGUAAUACCAUGGUGAUAAAAAAACAUGUAUUUGUGUAUGUUAAACCAACAACGAAUGAAUGAGCAUAGCUAGCUAACAACAAACGCAGCAUAGCAUUAGCUAGUUAGCUAUCUACCAAACUAGAUUGACUAAGGUAACUAACUAGUUAGCAUUAGCAACACCGUUCCUUUUUUCUACUAGCCUGCUAGUAACUGUCAAGUGGAAACGGGGAUAAAUCUAUGUGGAUUUCUAGGUGGAACGAAGAUAAUGAAGGCAAACAUUCGCUAGCUUUCUCUCGCGUGUAGUCAUAAACAAUCCAUGGUGUUUGAAAAUGCUAGCUAGUUAGCCACACAUAGCAGAUAACUAGUUAGCAACAAUUUAUUGCUAUCUAGUUGUUUAGUUAGCUACUGUAGUUAACCGUCCCUAGCCAACUACAGUAGUUAUCUUUACAUAAUUAGUAACUCGCGCUAAUUACAGUAACAUUAGCCGGCCAUAGCACAGGAAGAGCGCGAGGCGAGGGUGGCUACCUAGCUAGCGUCCAAUACUUGCUAGCAAACUUGCCGUUUUAGCCACAUAUGGCUAAAUUGCUUAGUAGAGGGGCGUGUUGUCUUGCUAGGUAGCUAACGAUAUUGCCACGGAUGCUUUUGCUUUGAGUUAGUUAACGAACGUUAACUUGGCUAGCUACACUAACAACUUCCAUUUAUGUUGAUAAUGUUGUGUAAAUGGUAUGUGCCACUUAAAGUUGUUUGCUGUUGGUUAGGGUUAACGUUAGCCGUUUUAUUUCCGCAUUUGUUUGUUUUUUCCUCCGGUGGUGCUGCAUCGGUCUGGUUUCCGCAUUUUCAUUGGUUACUACUGCCUUAACUCCUGCAGGAAAUGCAAUCAUUGUCUGUCAUCGGACAUUUAAUGAUUGAAAUAUAAUAUAAUAAUAAUAAUAUGCCAUUUAGCAGACUACAUGUUGCUGCUACGUAUUCCUACCAACUUUAACUUAUUAUUGUGAUAAUUUCUAUAAUAGAUGGCCUUCCCGCAGGUUGCAUUGAGAGACAGCCUCAGGGUAACUGGAUUCAAAACGGUUAUUUCUCCCCACUAUCAUGCAGUUCCCACAUAAAGCCCCCACAAAGCCAUGUAUUGAUUCCCUAAGAAAAAAUGCAAUGUCGCAUAACACGUUUUAAAACACGUUAGACUGUGACACCAGCAACUUCCUAAGUUUGCUGGCACUUGGGGAUCUGAAUGGUCUAAUUUGGGAGAUAAGGAGCCAUCUGAGUGAUGAACACUGUGUGUGCUCUGUGCUGUCAGCAGCUUUUUCAUCCAGACUGCCAGGACAUACUGGACACUGAUGGACAAAUGGGGAAGGGGCUUGGCUGUUUCACUUUGCAAUAUAAAUUCUCAUACACACUUUAUCAGGUUUUACUUUACAGUCCUUAUACCAUACUCCAGCAUAUCUAACAGCUGACCAACUGUUGGUUAAGGAAACAAGCCCUCUAUCAAGGCAGCUAGCUACAGACACCUGAUGGUGUUGCAUAGGAAGGAUAUCAGAUUUGGCCUACUCUAUUUGUAAAUAGGCCUACUCCCUUUGGUCUUUGCGUGUAUAGGGUGGUUUUGAAAUCAUUUGAGUAGGUUGGGACGCAGACGUGAGAAUGUAAGCAUAGUGAUCCAUUUACCAGGGAUGGGCAUUUGACUUUUUUUUUGACUGUUCGAGUACUCACUUUAUUUUUUCCCAUAGAUCUCCAAUGGGAAAAAUAUAUUUAAAAAAUACACUAAAAAAAUAUGUUCAAAUUUUUCUGUAGGCCUAUGCCAACAGUGCGCAACAAUGCCUAAUUUAUCAUAACCAUUACAGAUAACCAAUCCUAAUUGCUAAAUUGCCCCAUAUAUAUUCAGUCCAUUUAAAAGCAAGGUAAGUUAUUGAAGCCUUAAUAUCAACUGAUUAUAUUAUAUUGUAGAACACAAUCUUCAAAAAGGCAGUAACCUCAGCAGUGGCGCUUGCUUGUAGAAGCCUAUGGCUGUGCAAUGGCAUAGCCUUGCUUUGUUAAUUUAGCAGACAAGAUACUUAUUUCCCGAGCACUUAUCACAGUCGACACCUAUUUUAUAGUUUAAAAAAAAAGGGUAAUAUAACAGAAUAAAAUAUAGCCACAUAUUGUUCCAAAUGAAAAAAGUUGCCAGUGCGAAGUGAUGCGCAUCUCAAGUCUGGAACAGUUAUUCUCAGUGAUCAUUUGAAACUGGGCUCAAUUUGGCGAGUUGAAAUACCUUCUUUUUUUUCAGGGUUACAGGGGAAUGGUUUAAACAAUGACACGUGGUGUUUUUUUUUGUUUAAUUUGGAAUAAGCUUUGAAUUUCAUAUUUACCACUGUAGCAGUUACACAUUCAUUUGAACAAAAAAAAGGAAAAUGGUUAAAUUCGUAUUAUUUAGAAUUUGACUUUUGCUGCAUUUAGGGGGGCUCAUCUCUCAUUCAGGGUGGUUGCGCUCCCACCCCCCCAAGCUGGUAAUUCCCACUAUGUUUUCAAACCACAAGCACAAAACAUAAGGCUAUGCCUUCUUAUCCUCAUUCAUAUAACUAACAAAAAUAGUAUACAAAAAGGAAUGAGUCCUACAAGUAGCAAUGUGCCUCCUUUCCAUCCUGUUUGGUCAGUUGAUUGUUCCUGGGUAUCCUUUACAGACAAUUUACGUGUGUAGGCAUGUGUGUGUAAAACUGGCGGAUUUACCAGUAUCCCUGUGUUUGACUUCCUUGUUUCGGUAACCUUCCUUUCUGAAUAAAGUUAAUGGUGGCGCUAACUGUUCUCCCCCUGUCCCGUCUCCCCUCCCCACAGAUGUACGCGUGGGAGAUGGCAGACCAGCUUCUCCAGCUGAAACAGGACGUGGAGUCUUGUUACUUCGCCGCCCAGACCAUGAAGAUGAAGAUCCAGACAUCGUUCUUUGAGCUCCCCCCAGAGACCCACAUCGCCCUCCGAGACUCCCUGCUCUCACACAUACAGAGCCUCAAAGACCUCUCCCCCAUCAUCGUCACCCAGGUAAUGGCCUCCCCGCCCAUUGAUGUAACCUAGGGUAACGCCCCUCCCAUCCAAUUAUUGUCCAUCUGGUAUCACCCUCUGUCACAGUGACUACUGAAACUCCAAGAACUCCAGGAUGACUUGGAUCUCUGUCUGUAGCCUUUAUGCUCCUAGAAUGUGCUCUAGGAAUGUCCCACUGCCCAUCUAAAUGUCCCAAAGGCUUAGCAAUGCACAGUAGCAAUAGAACUCUAGCAUUUACCCCAAUGUACCGCUACCACUACAGAGGAGUAGUUGUUGUAGCUGUGGUACAAUUUAACAAGUACAAUAUUACGUGGCAUUAAGAUACUCUAAUCCCUACUAGUUCUUCCUGGUUUCUUGUCUAAUUUCUCUCCUCCCUCUCUCAGCUCGCUCUGGCCAUUGCAGACCUCGCCCUACAGAUGGCCUCCUGGAAGGGCUGUGUCCACACCCUCAUUGAAAAGUAAGGCCCCUCCCAUUACCACUCAACCACCCAUCUCGGAUCACACCUGUGGAUAACAGAAUGCAAUAGUUACAGGAUAUUAGACCGUUGUAGGUGGUUCUAUAAAGUCGAAUGCCAUUGAAAAUAGUUGAUGAGUUGGUAUGUUUGAGGUGACAUUAAAGCUUCAAAAACAUCUCCUUCAUGCUAAUGUUCUCAUAAAUGACUGCUGCCAUCUCUCUCCUCCACUCUCUCUCUCUCAGGUAUAGCAAUGACGUCAGCUCCAUGACGUUUCUGAUAGAGAUCCUUACAGUGCUCCCCGAGGAGGUCCACAGCCGCUCCCUUCGCAUCGGAGCCAAUCGCAGGACAGAGAUUAUCGAGGACCUGGCCUAUUACUCCAGUACCGUGGUCACUCUACUGGUGAGAGUUCUCUCUCUCUGGUCGACACACACACUAUCCAUUCAUCUUUCUCUCGCCAACACUCUCACAGACUAACCUAUUUUACCCACCUGAUUAAGCUGGUCUAAACUAGAGCACCCGCCACCACUCCCCCUUACUGGAUAAGCAGACCUCCCAUGGGUUCAUCCUCUCAUUAUAAAACUCUGGGGUGUACAUCCUCAUUAUCACAAAUAUAUUCAACUACUACCACUACCUUAGAGGGACAAACUGAACCACUCACUUUGUAGUAUAUUUUUCUCUGCAGAAUGUCCAAGUUUGACUGUAGAUGUUUUUGAGGAUUAAGCUUAAGAAUGUAGGAGUUGUCCUCCCAAAACCAUCAGAAAAGAGACAAACUAUACUGUUUGUGUUGAGGGUUACCUCAACCUACAAUCAACAAUUUGCCUUGACUCAAUAUUGAUAACACCUGUCGUGACUCCUGUUGUUUCGUUGGGUGAACUUCCUCGUGCGUUUGGCUUCAGACACAGCAUUGUGGUUUUGAUAAGGGUCUGUGUUGUUGAUGGCACGUGUGUGUGUUGUCUCUCUGUCUCCAGGUGACGUGUGUGGAGAAGUCUGGCAGCAAUGAGAAGAUGCUGAUCAAGGUGUUCCGCUGUCUGGGCAGCUGGUUCAACCUGGGAGUCCUGGACAGCAACUUUAUGGCCAACAACCAGCUCCUCAUGGUCCUUUUCCAAGUGCUGGUAUGUCUCUGUGUCUUUCUCUCACGCUCUCAUGGAAUUUUGGAAGCACAAAUAAACAGUGCUAGUGACAAACAUUCCCAAAAACAUGAACAACUUUUAGAAUACUCCCAAAGUCUCUCAAUAUUGUAGCAGCAUUUGUUCCAAACCCUUAUUUGUGCAACAACCACAGGGGGGCAGGGCAAUCAUUUAUGCCGGUUUAGAAUGCUAAUCGCUUGUAUACAUAAUGCAUGGUUUUCAGCCACGGAACAUCUCUUUGACGUAGUGUUCUUUUUUGUCUCUGUUUGUUUGGCAGCAGAGAGACGAGACGUCCACUAACCUGCACGAGGCUGCGUCCGACUGCGUGUGUUCAGCGCUGUACGCCAUCGAGAACGUGGACACACACAUGCCCCUGGCCCUGCAGCUAUUCCAGGGCGUCCUCACGCUGGAGACAGCCUACCACAUGGCUGUGGCACGGGAGGACCUCGACAAGUACGAACACACACACAUGCCUACUCCCCUCCUCAUACAUACACCAAGAUCACCUAUCCAGUCACUGCAUCACCACACCCCUUCUCCCACUCCUUCCUGCCCCAAACCUAUCCUUCCUCUCCAUUGCUCAUGAUGUUAAACUCUUCUGACUCUUCUCCACACUGUCCUCUGUGUGGAAGAAAAUAAUAACUUUUAUCCCCAACUCUCUCCUUCUCCCUUGUUCUGUCAGAGUGUUGAAUUACUGUAGGAUCUUCACUGAGUUGUGUGAAACAUUUCUGGAGACCACAGUCAGGAGUCCAGGCCAGGGCAUGGGAGACCUGCGGACGCUUGAGCUACUGCUCAUCUGUGCAGGACACCCCCAAUAUGAGGUACACAACACAUGAUAGACACUCACAGACAAACACACACACUGUCGCUUUGGGUGGAUUUCAAGUGUGUGUGUUCUCUUCUGGUGCAUCUCAGGUUGUGGAGAUCUCCUUUAACUUCUGGUAUCGUCUGGGAGAACACCUGUAUAAGACCAACGACCCUGCCCUCCACGGCAUCUUCAGACCCUACAUCCAGAGACUGCUGCACGGCCUGGCCCGCCAUUGCCAACUAGACCCCGACCACGUAUGGACCACCCACCACAUGACAAGGAGUCCUUAACCAACUCCAAUGAUGCCAACCAUACUCCCAAUACUCUUCUUAUGUCAUAUCUGAUUGUAGAAUCCCUUAACCAUGUGCACAUUUUACCAAGUAGUUCAGUACAUCAUUUAGCUCUGGCAGUAUUAUAUCAUUCACUCACGGUCUGAUAUUUUGUGUUGAUCUACAGGAGGGCAUCCCAGAAGAUACAGAUGACUUUGGGGAGUUCAGGAUGAGGGUGUCUGAUCUUGUGAAGGAUGUCAUUUUCCUUGUGGGCUCCAUGGAAUGUUUCUCCCAGGUAGCUACCUUCACAAGAUAGCUACCGUCGCAAGUUAAAAUGAUGUCAUUAAGAUGACAAACUAUACCGACUGCCUUCUCUUUCUCCCUCUCGCUCUCUCAGUUGUACUCCACUCUAAAAGAAGGGAACCCUCCCUGGGAGGUGACUGAGGCUGUUCUCUUCAUCAUGGCCGCCAUCGCCAAGAGUGUAGACCCGUGAGUGUCCUCUUCAUUCUAUUAAUGAGAAAUAAUGUGCAAUGACUAAAUCCCUUCCUCACCACGUAGAAUGUGUGCAACUACUUGUAGAUUUGUAUAUCUUUCCCCCAGGGUGUUUGUGUGUAACGUUUCAAUCUUUAAUUUGUGCUUGUGUGUAAUGUAUAAGUCCUUCCCCUGGGGUGUUUGUGUGUAACAUGUUAAUGCUUUCCCAGUGAGAACAACCCCACCCUGACAGAGGUGUUGGAGCAGGUGGUGCUGCUGCCAGAGACGGUCCAUAUCGCUGUGCGCUACACCAGCAUUGAGCUGGUGGGGGAGAUGAGCGAGGUCGUUGACCGCAACCCGCGGUUCCUAGGUAGGUUCAGUGGUCACGUUACGGUCAAUAGCUUAGCUCGGGACCUGAGUGAUUGAGUUAAUCAAUUUAGAGGUUCAUCUUAAUCUGUGUGUUAGUGUGUAUACCCCUCGUUUUGAGCACAUCUCUAUUUCCUUGUUAUUUUUCCAUUCCUUGUUCCUUUCUGUGUCAAAUGCCUGUGUCACUCUGUUUUGUUACGUCCCUGCUGCGUUAAGAAUGUGUGUCUCUGUGCCUAUGUCUCUGCAUCGCUGUGUCUCUGUUGGCUGUAUACUUUGGAUGUGUGUAUGACCUUAGCCCCGCUCUGUCGCAGACCCCGUGCUGAACUACCUGAUGAAGGGCCUGAGGGAGAAGACCCUGGCUUCCGUGGCGGCCAAGGCCAUCCAUAACAUCUGCUCUGUGUGUCGGGAUCACAUGGCCCAGCACUUCCAGGGCCUGCUGGACAUCGCCCGUGCCCUCGACUCCUUCGCCCUGACCACCGAAGCCGCCGUAGGCCUCCUCAAAGGUAACUUAAUGCCACCCUUCUUAUAUUGUAAAGUAUUUUUAUGGGGUAGGUCAGCUUUAAUAUUACAGAUAGAUUGUGGCUUCUAUCAUUGUAAUUGUCUGCAUUAUUUUCAAUCCCCCAUAUUUUUUUUGUGUAUCUAUAUUUUUUUCCCCAAACCCAACAACCCCACCCCUAAUUGGAGUAAACUAAUGGACAACAAUACUUAGGCUUCUACUUCCAGCUUAUACAUACUAUAUACAUUUUACGGAUACAAUAUAUUUUACAUUACUUAUCUUUUGUUUUUAGUCCCAUCCUUCAGCUACACUCAACCCCUCCCAUCUAUCUAUUGAAGACCAUCCAGUUUUGAUUUCUAGCUGCCAUAUAUUUUUCCGCUGUGAUGUUUCACAAAAGUGCUGAACCUUUCUAUUCUUAUAGUUUCUACAGAUUGUAAAUUAAAGAUAAACACCUUUGCUAAGCGUAUUGAUCGAUUGACAAUGACUUUUCAAAUUGCCCAGCAGUGCUAUUUGCAGAGUUAGCUCCAGGUAAAUGUUGGUUCUCAUGAGGACCGCCACAGGAAUGGAAGACCAAGAGUUACCUCUGCAGCAGAGGAUAAGUUCAUUAGAGUUACCAGCCUCAGAAAUUGCAGCCCAAAUAAAUGCUUCACAGAGUGCAAGUAACAGACACAUCUCAACAUCAACUGUUCAGAGGGCACUGUGUAAAUCAGGCCUUCUUGGUCGAAUUACUGCAAAGAAACCACUACUAAAGGACACAAAUAAGAAGAAGAGACCUGCUUGGGCCAAGAAACACGAGCAAUGGACAUUAGACAGGUGGAAAGUUGUCCUUUGGUCUGGAGUCCAAAUUUGAGAUUUUUGGUUCCAACUGCUGUGUCUUUAUAAGACGCGGUGUGGGUGAACGGAUGAUCUCCACAUGUGUAUUUCCCACCGUAAAGCAUGAAGGAGGAGGAGGUGUUAUUGUGUGGGGGUGCUUUGCUGGUGACACUGAUUUAUUUAGAAUUCAAGGCACACUUAACCAGCAUGUUUUUUUCGUUUUUUUAAUCAAUUAGUAUAUUUGAGUUUAACGAUAAUAUUUGUUGUAAUAUUUGUUCUGUCUUUUCUGGUGGAUUAAACUGAAAUUGCAACCAGAUUUCUAUAUCUUGUUUUAAAAAUAACCAAAAGUGAGAGGUUGUAAUCUGAAUGAAGAGCAAAAUGCCGUUCUUGAACACUGGGUGAGCCAUUCUUACUGAUCUGCUAGAGAACCAGUUCGGAUACAAGUAUAGUUUUUGUAUAUGACUGAAGCCUUGAGUGAGAGGUCCAAUGCUUUAGUAAUUUCUGCCCUCUGAAUUCAUACUCAUUAUAUAAAUAGGCCCGUUUCCAAAUAAAGUGGAAUAGUUUUUAAAAAACAAGUUGUUGAGUGUAGGCGGGGCCAUAAGUAAAUAGGUGAACUGGGAUAUGACUAAAUAAUUAAUCAGGGUUAUUUUUCCACAAAAGACAGUUGUCCUUUCCAUGGUACCAAGAUCUUAUCUAAUUUGGGUAACUUUCUAUUAAAAUGUAUUGUAGUGAGAAUUUCUUUCUUUUUGGAUAUGAAUACAGAGUAUUUCCACUUCACCGUCGAACCAUUUUAUUGGUAAACUACACAGUAAUGUAAAAGUUGUAUUUUUUGUGUGAUUUUAAGACGUAAUAUGGUGCACAUAAUUCGGUUGUAAUCCAGAGAGGUUAGAAAAAAUAUCUAUAUCCUCUGAGGCUGUGCAUGGAUCCAAAUUGCAGAUUUAAAAGAAGACAUGAAUCGUCAGCGUACAAUGACACCUUUGUUUUUAAUCCCUGGAUUUCUAGCCCCUUGAUAUUAUUGUUGGAUCUGAUUUUAAUAGCUAACAUUUCAAUGGCCAUAAUAAAUAGAUAUGCUGACAGUGGACAACCUUGUUUUACUCCUCUUGACAAUUUAAUACUUUCUGAGAAGUGGCCAUUAUACACCUGGGGUUACUAUACUUACAUUUAACCCAUUCUCCAAAAUGAAUAUAGUCCAGGCAUUUAAAUUAUGCCACCCUUCUUUAUAAUAAUAAUAAUAAUAAUAUGCCAUUUAGCAGAUGCUUUUAUCCAAAGCGACUUACAGUCAUGUGUGCAUACAUACUUUACACUUUUUUGGUCUGGUUUUCUUUCUCUGCUCUACUCCUUCUCUAUUCCAUCUCUCACUUUCAAUCUCUUGUCUUAUUGUCUGUCUCACUUGCUGGUCCUUUUCUUUCAGCAACUUGUUCUCUCUGGACUGUGGGUCGAUGUUCAGUUCUUUGUCUUUUUAUUUGAUUGCCUAAUGAGGUUGAUUUGUAUUAAACAGAGUGGUGUUGCUCUGUCACCAUGGUAACGCUGGUUGUUUUGCCCUGCAGGUACAGCCCUGGUCCUGGCUCGUCUGCCCCUGGAGAAGAUCGCUGAGUGUUUGAGUGACCUGUGUGCUGUGCAGGUCAUGGCCCUCAAAAAGGUGUGUUUUAUUCUGCCAUUUGUUUGUGUGCAAGUUUGGUGGUAGGUUGUGUGAGUAUGAGAUACUUUGGGUAGAAGUGUGUAACCCACUACAAUAGUGUAACAGUUUUGUGGAUUGGGUAUUUGUGUGAUACCAACAAGUUUGCUUAUGUUUGUCUGCUAUCUUCAGCUUCUCUCUCAGGACCCCAGCAAUGGGAAAGCUGCUGACCCCACUGUCUGGCUGGACAGACUAGCAGUCAUCUUCCGGUACACUCAACCCAUUUAUAAUACGUUAUACUGUAUAUACAUAUCCUGAUUGCACAGGUCAUGAACUGUCUCAUGUAACUAUACUGAUAUGAUGAUUUGGGCUGAUGAUUGUUUAUUUUAAGCAGACAUUUUAAUCGUAAUGUUUUUUUCCCCCCAGACACACAAAUCCCAUUGUAGAAAAUGGACAAACACACCCAUGUCAGAAAGUCAUCCAGGAGGUAAAGCAACUGGCAGUCCAGAUUGUUUUGCUAUUUUUUGUAUUUGGACAAGGCUACCAUUGCAUACAACCUGCUUUGUUCAACCCAUUAAUUGGACUGAGUUUGAAUGGGACUCAAGUGAGACUAUUUUGGUGCUCAACUACCCUGAUUCUUCUCCGUUGCAGAUUUGAACUUCAAUUUAAGGCCUUGAUUGCGUACAGUCAUUCCCACAGCUUCUCAUGCUAAACCUAUAUUGGGUGUUUUCUUGGUUCUCUGUAGAUCUGGCCGGUCCUAUCAGAGACUCUAAACACACACCAGGCUGAUAACCGCAUCGUGGAGCGCUGCUGUCGCUGCCUGCGGUUCGCUGUGCGCUGCGUGGGCAAGGGCUCUGCCUCGCUACUACAGCCACUCGUCACACAGGUGCGUGUCCCUGUGUUUGGGUCAUGAUACGCCCCAUAUACAGAUGGAUACAUUUAGGUUGGAGUCUGUUAUUUGUGUAUACAAAUUCCAUCGCCACCAGGUGCUUGUUGAGCCCAUGGCAGCUGGUGACUGAUGGCAAAGUUAGGCUGAAUGUGUACAGUAUAGGAUUGCAAAAUUCCAGAAACUUUUCUUAACUCAUGGGUUGAAGGAUUCUCUGGUUUCCUGAUUAUUCCCUCCAGAAUCUAGAUUAUUGGGAAUUUGUGGAAAGUUACUGGAAUUUUGCAACCGUAGUACAGGUCUUUAACAGAAUGGGUGUAUUGUUUCAGAUGGUCAGCAGAACUCGACAUUAAUGCCCAGGGCAAGUAAAAAAAAAAAAAAGUAUUGUUGGACAAGCAGAUAACAGAUUGAAGUUGUCCGAAUGGACAAGUAAAAAAAAAUCACGCAAAAAUCACAAUAUCAAACAAUAAGGUUACUCCAAUCAUAGUUGGAUCAGUUUCCUCCGGAUGCAAUGUUUUGCUCACUGUCCUCCCAAUCUCUGCAGAGCGCAUCGGAGUACAGUAUAAUUAUUGUAGGCCUGCAUUGACAGGCAAAGCGGUCUUUCAAUCAUGCAGUCGCGAGAUGCGUUUUUGAGAUCAAAGCGAGCCCGCGUUUGCACAUUUGUUGAUAAUAAUUGCUAGUGAGUUAUUUGCCCGGUUAUAGCAAUUUUUUGGUCAGCAAUAAGAAUCCUGGAAAAGUCAUGGUGUGCAUCACGUGUGUGUGUGCCAGUGGGCUGUUGCCAGAGGAGGGAGGGAGAGAGAGAGAUUUGUGCAGCAGGUAACAAUAAUGAUAUGCAAAAGACUAACUUGAUAACCAGCCAAACUACACUAUGUUUAGAAUUUGAAUCUCUCUAGUUAGCUAUUUAACUAUUAGCAUGAAUUAAAUGUAAUGUCCGACGUCCUAAAAUAACUUUCCACCGGCGCUCAUGUAUAACCGCAAAUGGCCAACACGCAUUUGAUAUGGGUGCGGAGUUGAUGAAACCAAUGCUGCAUACUCCGGUUGUAAAACCGUCUCUUAAGCGAUCAAAAUUGGCUAGGAUUCUCCUCUAUUCAAUACUGGCCAUGUAAUUCUGACAAAGAUAACAAAUAUUCUUAGCAUAGCCUAAUUGACAAGUAACUCCUAUGCUGUCAAGAUCUCCCCUGAACACUGAAUAUUUUAACAUUACAAAUAGAUAAACUUCUUAGUUGGCUACCUCGCCCACCAUAACCAUUUAAUCCCUGGUUCACUGAAUGAGGGAAUUAUUUUAUAAAGACAAAGUAUUUGGUUGUAAUUGUAAUGUUGCAGGGUGGCCAACGCUUGUCCAGGAGAGCUACUGGGUGUGCAGGCUUUUGCUCCAGCCCUGCUCGAACAUACCACAUUUCUCAACAGGACCUUAUAAGCUGACUGGUGUGUGAGCAGGGUUGGCUAAAAAGCCUGCACACCCAGUAGUUCUCCAGAUGGAGGAUUGACAGACCACAUGUGUUUUAUACAGUAGCCUAUCAGUGCAGUAUUUUACUUUGGGUGGGGGGGUUAAGUGCCUUGCUCAAGGCCACAACGGCAGGAGAUAUAAUACAUGGGAUCAGAGACCAGCAGCCUUCCAUUGUCAAUACCAGUGAUGAUAAUUAAUGUUAUUUUGUGAAGUGGUUCCUUGCAUCAUACACAACAAUUUUCAGUCACCUUUUUGGCCCAUGGUGUUAGAUCUUUUUUAUUUUUUUGUGGGGGGGGGUGGGGACAGACAAGUGACUUGAGCUUUCGGACAGGUAAAAAUUCAGUCCCAGAAGUUCAUGUCAAGCCCUGGUUAGUGUGUACCAGGUGUAAAGAUGUGUUUCAGAUGGUCAGUGUGUAUCAGGUGUAAAGAUGUUAAAUGUGUGUUAUUUCAGAUGGUCAGUGUGUACCAGGUGUAUCCCCACUCCUGCUUCCUGUAUCUGGGCAGCAUCCUGGUGGAUGAGUACGGCAUGGAGGAAGGCUGCAGACAAGGUCUACUGGACAUGCUACAGGUAGGGGAAACACACACCACUUUCAUAGGUACUCAUAGUUCACGAGAGUGGCAGUGGAACUCUGGUUGUUUGCUAUUGGUUUUGAACUGACUUUGUCCCAUCUCUCCCCGUAGGCUCUGUGUAUGCCCACCUUCCAGCUAUUGGAGCAGUCCAACGGUCUCCGUAACCACCCAGACACAGUAGACGACCUUUUCAGACUCGCCACCAGGUAUGAUCAACUGGAACACAGUUCAGACAGUUGCUCCUCUCCCUUGAAAUAAUAAGUUCACUUACUUUUAAGUGGCAAGAAUAAAAACUAACCAUUGUAUCUCUCUCUGCCAUGUCCUUCUCACUCUUUAUUUCCGUCUCUCUUUCGCUUCUUCUCCCUGCAGGUUUGUCCAGCGUAGUCCCGUCACCCUGCUCAGCAGUGGCAUCAUCGUCCACAUCAUCCAGUGUGCCAUCGCGGCCACCACAUUGGACCACCGGGACGCCAACUGCAGUGUCAUGAAGUUCGUCAGAGACCUCAUCCACACGGGCGUCAUCAAUGACGUGAGUCACCCCCAACAAACAGUCAGUCUAAUGUUAGCUAUUAAAAUCAGAUCCAACAAUAAUAUCAAGGGAUUAGAAAUCCAGGGCUUAAAAACAAAGGUGUCAUUGUACAAAGAUGAUUCAUGUUUUCUUUUAAAUCCACAACUUGGAUCCCUCCACAGCCUCAGAGGAUCUAGAUACUUUUUCUAACCUCUCUGGAUUACAACCAAAUUAUGAUAAGUGUACUAUAUUAUGUAUUGGAUCACAAAAAAAUACAACUUUUACAUUACCGUGUAAAAUAAAAAUGGUCUGAUGGUGAUGUGGAUAUACUCUGUAUACAUAUCCCAAAAGAAAUAAAUGAUCUCACUCUAAUACAUUUAUAUAGAAAGUUAACAAAAAAUUGAGAAGGUCUUGCUACCAUGGAAAGGUAAAUACCUGUCUAUUUGUGGAAAAAUCACCCUGAUUAACUCUUUAGUAUUAUCCCAGUUUACCUAUUUACUUAUGGUCUUGCCUACACCUAGCAAACAGUUUGUUUUAAAUUACAUUAGAAAAAUAUUCAAUUUUAUUUGGAAUGGCAAGCCAGACAAAAUUAAAUGUGCCUAUUUAUAUAAUGAAUAUGAAUUAUUAAACAUUAAAGCUUUACAUUUUUAGUCAUUUAGCAGACGCUCUUAUCCAGAGCGACUUACAGUUUAGUGAGUGCAUUCAUUUUUCAUACUGGCCCCCCAUGGGAAUCGAACCCACAACCCUGGCGUUGCAAGCGCCACGCUUUACCAACUGAGCUACAGGAGGCUGAGCUACAUUAGACCUCUCACUAAAGGCUUCAGUCAUACAAAAGUUAUACUUAAAUCCAAACUGGUUCUCUUGCAAAUUUGUAAGAAUGUCUCACCCAAUGUUCAAGAAUGGCCUUUUCCCCUUUAUUCAGAUUACAACCUCACUUUCAGUUAUUUGAAAAGGAAAUCAUCUCCCAAAUAUCGCUAUUUUUAAACAAGCCAUAGAAAGUUGGUUGCAAUUUCAAUUUAAUCCUCCAGAAAGGACAGAACAAAUAAUGCAACAAAUAUUGUGGUCAAACUCAAAUAUACUAAUUGAUAAAGAAACCCAUUAUUUUUUGAAAAAAGGUAGGACUGGUGGAGUUAUGUCGCACAUGCAGCUAACAAAAACAUAUGGAAAUGUCUGCUCUACCCAAAAUUACAACCAACUAAUUGCAGCGUUACCGCAAAAAUCAAAGAGGAAAGUGGAAGGGGGGAAAAGUAAGGAACUGUCGGCCCUGCAUUAAAGACCAUAAUUGGUUAAAGAAAAUUGUGAUUAAGAAAAAUUAAUUUAAUUAAUAUCAGUUUAAUUGAAGGACCAAAAAAUUGACAGCCGUGCCAUAUAGAUUGCAAAAUAGUUGGUAAGAGAUUGUUUUACGUACCGAUUCCAUGGCACAUGGUUUAUGAACUGAUACGCAAAACGACGCCGGAUUCAAAUCUUAGAAUCUUUCAAUUUAAAUUAUUAUACAAAAUUCUAGCAUCCAAUAGAAUGUUAUUGAUAUGGGGGAUACAAUCUUCCCAGCUCUACAAAUUUUGCUGCGAGGAGACCGAAUCAUUAGAUCAUUUGUUUUGGUACUGUCCAAAUGUAGCUUGUUUUUGGUCACAGGUCCAGGAAUGAUGAAGAAUUAGUAGGGUUAGAAAGUAAUAAAGGAAAAUAUAUAUAUAUAUAUAUAUAUAUUUUAGAAGGGUGUAUGUAUAUAUUCUCUCGCUCUGGCAAAAGUUUUAGAACACCUACUCAUUCAAGGGUUUUUCUUUAUUUUUACUAUUUUCUACAUCGUAGAAUAAUAGUGAAGACAUCAAAACUAUGAAAUAACACUUAUGGAAUCAUGUAGUAACCAAAAAAGUGUUAAACAAAUCAAAAUAUAUUCUAUAUUUGAGAUUCUUCAAAGUAGCCACCCUAUGCCUUGAUGACAGCUUUGCACACUCUUGGCAUUCUCUCAACCAGCUUCACCUGGAAUGCUUUUCCAACAGUCUUGAAGGAGUUCUCACAUAUGCUGAGCACUUGUUGGCUGCUUUUCCUUCACUCUGCGGUCUGACUCAUCCAAAACCAUCUCAAUUUAGUUGAGGUCGGGUGAUUGUGGAGGCCAGGUCAUCUGAUGCAGCACUCCAUCACUCUCCUUCUUGGUAAAGUAGCCCUUACACAGCCUGGAGGUGUGUUGAGUCAUUGUCCUGUUGAAAAACAAAUGAUAGUCCAACUAAGCCCAAACCAGAUUGGAUGGCGUAUCGCAGCAGAAUGCUGUUGUAGCCAUGCUGGUUAAGUGUGCCUUGAAUUCUAAAUAAAUCACAGACAGUGUCACCAGCAAAGCACCCCCACACCAUAACACCACCUCCUCCAUGCUUUACGGUGGGAACUACACAUGCAGAGAUCAUCCGUUCACCCACACCGCGUCGCACAAAGACGCGGCGGUUGGAACCAAAGAUCUCCAAUUUGGACUCCAGACCAAAGGACACAUUUCCACCAGUCUAAUGUCCAUUGAUCAUGUUUCUUGGCCCAAGCAAGUCGUCUUAUUAUUGGUGUCCUUUAGUAGUGGUUUCUUUGCAGCAAUUCGACCAUGAAGGCCUGAUUUACACAGUCUCCUCUGAACACUUGAUGUUGAUGUGUCUAUUACUUGAACUCUGUGAAGCAUUUAUUUGGGCUGCAAUUUCUGAGGCUGGUAACUCUAAUGAACUUAUCCUCUGCAGCAGAUGUAACUCUGGGUCUUUUUCUGUGGCUGACCUCAUGAGUGCCAGUUUCAUCAUAGUGCUUGAUGGUUUUUGCGACUGCACUGUAUUGACUAACCUUCGCUUUGCUUAUUUGAGCUGUUCCUGACAUAAUAUGGACUUGGUCUUUUACCAAAUAGGGCUAUAUUCUGUAUACCAACCGUACCUUGUCACAACACAACUGAUUGGCUCAAACGCAUUAAGAAGGAAAGAAAUUCCACAAAUUAACUUUUUAAGAAGGCACACCUGAUAAUUGAAAUGCAUUCCAGGUGACUACCUCAUGAAGCUGCUUGAGAGAAUGCAAAGCUGUCAUCAAGGCAAAGGGUGGCUACUUUGAAGAAUCUCAAAUAUAAAAUAUUUUCUGAUUUGUUUAAAACUUUUUUGGGGUUACUACAUGAUUCCAUAUGUGUUAUUUCAUAGUUUCGAUGUCUUCACUAUUAUUAUACAAUGUAGAAAAUAGUAAAAAUAAAGAAAAACCCUUGAAUGAGUAGGUGUGUCCAAACUUUUGACUGGUACUGUAUAUUGCAAAAAAGAUAUGGGGGGUUGGAAGUGAUGCUGACAAUUACAUUGAUGGAAGCUACAAUCUAUCUGCAAUAUUAAAGCUGAUCUAACCCCCUAAAAAAGGAAAAUCUAUUUCAACAGUCAGUUUGUUUCUCUGUUGCAGAAUGCGCAGAAUCACUGAUCUACAAAUACAUUUGUAUCACAAAUUAUUCUUUAUGUCAUCAAGACUAUCAAAUCUGUGCCUCACCUUGCUCAAACUGUUCCCCUCAAACAUGCAGAUUCACUCAGUUUGAUCUAUAAAAAGUAUCCUCUGAAUAACAACAAUCUGUCAGUCAGAUUGUCAUGUGUUUUCUUCCCGUUGCAGCACGAGGAUGACUUUGAGCUGCGGAAGCAGCUAAUAAGCCAGGCCAUGGGGCAGCACGGGCAGCAGUUGGUUACCCAGCUCAUGCACACAUGCUGCUUCUGCCUGCCACCUUACACACUCCCCGACGUGGCUGAGGUGCUCUGGGAGAUCAUGGUGUUCGACAGGCCGGUGAGACACACACACACACUUAGCUCUUUCACUCCUGACAGUACUUGUACAUAUGCAGUUGAACGUACACAUGCACUGGUGUCUUCAACGGGUGCUCGCUGUCAUACCACAAGAUGGCGCUAAGAGAACAUCUUUCAACAGGGACCACAAUUCAUAUUCACACACACUUCCAAUGACAUGGGCAUGACAGGACUUUCAAUCAUGAGAUAAAAGUGUGUUGUAGUACUACGAUUGCAUUGCCUCCUGAUGUGAGUUUGAUGUUUAACGUUGCGGAUAUGUUUUCUAGACGUUCUGCCGCUGGCUAGAGAAUGCGCUGAAGGGGCUUCCUAAGGAGACGUCAGGCGGGGCGGUGACCGUCACAAACAAACAGCUCACAGACUUCCACAAGCAAGUCACCAGGUGAGCAUAUCACAGCCACGCCCCUUCCAUGCUUUUCAAGUGUAAUCUGGUGCAGUCGUACCCAUCAGGUGCAUUCCUUCCUGCCAGAAAUGAUCUAACUAGCCACAUGUUGUCCUCAUAGGUUCAGGAGUUAUGUCAGGUGAAACUCUGCAUAGUAGCUGACUCCCUGUCAGCUGUUUUUCUACUAGAAAAUAGCUAGCUGUUUAUGUUCUGACUCUGGGAAGAGCUCAUGUGUCACUGGGCAUGCUCAAACGAGCUGCUCCUGUGGCAGUGGAACGCUGGAAAACCGGUGUAGGGAAACCUCAUGGAUUCCCUGCCACAGGUUCAGGCAUGCCUAGAAGCGUUCCUUCCCCUUUUCAGCGAUCCACCCUCCCUCCCACGCAGUCUCUCUGAGGGAAUGGGAGCUUCAGACAGAAAUACUAUCUAGCUGUCAUCUGAGGGAGCAAUUUGAGUUCACAGUAGGAGUCUUGUGAGACAAACCUGCAGGCUAGACAUGGGUUAAUUUCAGUUCAGAUUAAUUUAAAGUAAACUUGAAUAAAUGGCGAGUCUGAAUGUGUUGAAUUACCUUUUUCUUUUCCUAUUUCAUUUGAUAUAACCUUUACCAUGUAAAUGCACCACAUUAAUAACAUUGCCCUUUCUCGCUCCCCUCUCUUCCUGCCACCCCCUCUUUCUCCAUCUGUCCAUCUCUCCAGUGCGGAGGAGUGUAAGCAGGUGUGCUGGGCCAUCCGGGAGUUCACCAGAUUGUUCCGAUAGCCACGCCCAAAGAGCUCUGCCAGAACACCAGGCAAGGCAUCAACACAGAAACACAAACAACCCCCCGCACUGGGAUCUGCAGACUCAUCUCACCCCAUGUCUUUAGAUGGUUCCAAAAAAAACAUCUGAUCAUAUUUAGGUUGGCAAGUGUCAGUAAGAUCUCUAUUGAUUUCUUAUUGUCCUUUCAUUGUUUUUCUUCCUCAGGUUAAAUAUUUUGGCGAACAUUCAGAGGUGACGGCAAAGAGGCUGAAGACCGCAGCAGAUGAGAAUCUAAAGGGAUCUCCUACUGGACAGAUGGGCGGGACUUGGCACUGUGGAAAGCCAAUCAAGACGCAUCGCAAGGAUUGGAGUGACAGGGUGAACCCGUAAACGAAACGCGCUUUCGACUUUGGCCGUGUGAGAAGAGAAGCCCCCCUUUCCGCUCCCUCUCGCUCACUGUCGCCACAGUAACAGGUGGCACAAGGGUUGAAAGGGGGUGGGGCGGGGGGGGGCAGGUCCGAGGAGGAAC